UUACUGCGAGUGAUUUAAGUCCCAAAAAUUGGCAAGUGGGACUGAAGUCGAUCACGAAAAUGGUGAAUUACAUGUUGAUGAUCCGCCCCGACCUUGACAACCUCACUGAUUCUCCCCCUCAAGACGGUUGCAACGAUCCCAACUUCACCUACUACUUCAAGCUCAAGUGUGGGAAUUGUGGAGAAGUAACCCAAAAAGAGACAUGCGUUACCUUGAAUGAAACAGUUCCUUCUACAAAAGGAAAGAGUGACACUCAUCUUGCUCAGAAGUGUAAGUUUUGUUCUAGGGAAGGAAAUGUAUCUAUGAUUGCUGGCCGAGGCCAUCCUCUUACUCAGGAACAUGCUGAAACUGGUGAAUUUGCCCCUCUGAUGAUGUUUGAUUGCAGAGGUUACGAGCCUGUGGAUUUUGCAUUCGGCAGUGGAUGGAAAGUUAAGUCGAUUGAAGGAACAGCGUUCAAUGACAUUGACUUAUCGGUAGGGGAGUUUGCUGAAUACGACGAGAAGGGAGAAUGCCCCGUCAUGAUCUCCAAUCUCCGUGCUAAAUUCGAUGUGGUGAAGUAGCUCGUAAAACAUUACAAUCUCAUGCAUUAAAAAAGUGAGGGUAAUUUAUAAACUAACCGCCUCUUCGUAAUAAGUCGUUUUAUAAAACUGAUGAAUAUUCCCCCCCUUGGUGUUUGGUGUAUGUUGACUUGAGAAUAACUGCAUGUUGGUAUUGCAUUACCUUGUCAGUUGUCACAUACAUUAUACAGUUUGAAGCUUAAAUUAAUAUCUUAGUAAUUGUCAAAGCAUCACA